CGGAGGCUUCAGACUCUCUGGAGGGGCCCUGCAGACACAAGCCAAGUCCUCAGGAGGGAACGUGGAGCUGUGUGUCUGUCACAAGACUGCAGGGACAUGAAAGGCUGCCUGCUGCUGCCCCUUCUCCUGCUGGGGACAGUUUCUGCUCUCUACCUGGAGAAGGAUGUCCCCCGUCUGGGUGAUCCGCAGAUGCAGGCAGACCUGAGCCGGGAUCCUGAAGGCUCAGGGGGGCAGGAGGGAGAGCUGGCCCUGAGUGGUGCGGUGCUUGAUUCGGGGGGAGAGGAGGCCGAGCACGCCCACGACGAUGAGGGCGACUGUGAGUUAGACCCAGAUGACUUGGAUGAGGAAGUGCAGUGCCCCAGGGAAGAGGAGACAGUGCGGCUUCCAGGCAGUCCUGAGUGCAAGAGCUGCCGCUACACGAUGGUGCGGACGCCAAGAAGGUUUAAGAAUGCUCAGAGAGUCUGCAGGAGGUGCUACCGAGGCACCCUCGCCUCCAUCCACAGCUUGAGUGUCAACUGUCUCAUCCAUCGCUUGUCUGUAACGACCAACCAGGCACAGGUCUGGAUCGGAGGUCAGUUACGGUGCGGAAGAUUUAUCUGGACUGAUGGGAGUUGUUGGAAUUUUACCUACUGGGCUGCAGGACAACCUACGUGUGGGAGAGGCUGCUGUGUAGCCCUGUGCACCAGAGGGGGUCGCUGGCGACGAGCUCCGUGCAAAAGGCGUCUGCCCUUCAUCUGCUCCUACUAAGCCGGAGGUGGGAGACCCUGCCCCCCGCCUCGCCUGCCGGGUCCCAGCCUUGGCCCCCUUGCCCCCCAGCCUCCCUGGGUCAUAAAGCCACG